UGUUCAAAAGAAACUCUUCGCCUGAGCUUGUUCGUUGCUGUUCUCCACUUCAGACAUAUUUGUGUAGGGUUUCUCUCGUUAAAAGUUCAGAACUUUCGGAUCAAAGAAUCGGAAAGACACAAUUGUUUUACUUGUUUGUUGUUUGAGGGUUCAUCGGGAGAAGGAGAAAGUUAAGGUUUUUCUCUGUGUGUUUUGAUUCAUCUGCAGUGAUCGAUGGAUUACAACUCAGGUCUUAGUGGUUAUGGUGAUGACUCCUACCAUCGUCACCCGCAAGAAGAACAGCUACCUCCGUCGGAUUAUGUAGUUGAGACUGUUGAUGAUGAUGACAUGAGGAACGGUGGUGCAGCAGCUGUAGAUACUGGUGGGAUGCAGGUGAAGCAAUCUAGUGACCAUCGUCAAUCUUCUUCGUCCAUGUGUGCUCCUGGGAAACUAUUCGUAGGUGGAGUUUCUUGGGAAACAACUGAAGAAACUUUUGGCAAGUACUUUGAGAAGUUUGGAGAAGUUGUAGACUCUGUAAUCAUGAGAGAUAGAAUGACUGGAAAGCCAAGAGGAUUUGGGUUUGUAACUUACGCUGAUUCAACUGUUGCAGAGAAAGUUUUGGAGGAAGAGCAUGUAAUAGAUGACCGCAAGGUUGAUCUGAAAAGGACAGUUCCUAGAGGAGACAGGGAUACUGAUUUCAAAGCGGUAUCAAAAACUAGGAAAAUCUUUGUUGGUGGACUUCCACCGUCUUUGGAAGAAGAUGAACUGAAGAAGUAUUUCUGUGUAUACGGUGACAUAAUUGAGCAUCAGAUUGUGUACGACCACCACACUGGAAGGUCAAGAGGCUUCGGUUUUGUAACCUUUAUGACUGAAGAUUCGGUGGACAGACUUUUCUCCGAUGGAAAAGUCCAUGAGCUAGGUGACAAACAGGUCGAUAUAAAAAAGGCUGAACCAAAGAGGACGGGAAGAGAUAACAACUUUCGCUCCUAUGGGGCUAGUAGCAAGUAUGGUCAGGAAGAUUAUUAUGGUGGGCAAGCAAAUGAAGAUUACAAUAUGUUUGGUGGUUAUGGCGGUUAUGGAGCAGCCUACGGGAACUCCAUGGUUAAUGCCGCUGGAUUUUAUGGUUACGGUGGUGGGUAUGGGUAUGGUUAUGGUUAUGGCUAUGGAGGUCAAAUGUUUAACCCUGGCUAUGGAGCUGGCGGUUAUAGCAAUAUGGGUGGUGGCUAUGGUGUUGCUGCGGCAGCUGCUUAUGGAGGUGGGAAAGUUCAUGGAGACAGCAACAGUGGCUCAAGCAGCGGCAGAGGCAACGGGACUAAUGGUAUAGGACCAGGUCGAUACCAUCCUUAUCAGAAGUGAGAACUUCAGGCUGCUGCAUAGACUUUGUAAAAAGAUUUUUUUUGUGUUUUGGGUUCGUUUUAGUUUUUAAGGAACAAUUAAGACUUGAGAGAUAGAUUGGUAUAGUAACCAAUUCUUCACAUUCAACUGCUGCGAGGGGGACCUGCUUGAAUCCAAGCAUGUUUAUGGAUAGAUUGGUGUUGAAAUUAUUUCAUAAAUUUUGAAAGUAA